UCAAAUGAAAAUUCGAGUUUUUUUUCUCAAAGCUUUUAGUAGUUUUUAAUUUAUUUGAUUUGAUCAUUUAUUCGUAUUCAUUCUAAUGCCGUGAUGUUAUUUCCUAUUCUCACGCAAUUUAUAAGGUUUUCUGUGUCUCCUCAUGAUUUUCCCCUCAUUAUUUGAAGUAAAUUUAACUCUCUAAUCGGGAGAUUGAUGUUAAAUUUUUUUUUUUAAUUUUUAAAGCUUCAACCAUAUCUUACGAUGGAGGAGGGUGACACUAUUGAAAUUGCAGAUGUGAAUGAGCUCUGCAGGACUUGUGGCACAAGAUUAGGUCUAGUCCUUGCUUUUAAUAUAUUUGACAAGGAGGGCUCCGUCCGUCAAAUAUUCGAGAAAAUCCUUGCCUGUCUUCCCAUCAAGAUCUCUAAUGAUGACAAGUUACCUAAACUGGUAUGUGAAGAAUGCGUCUAUAAACUGGAUCUUCUGUAUGACUUUCGGGAGAAAAGUAUUAAAACAGAAAGUCUCUUGACUGAGCUAGUGUCGAAACCAUACCUCGACAUGUCAGAAGUAGAUGGAGCUAUUCUUGUUUCUGACAUGAGAAAUGAUCCAGCAUCUUUGACAUCAGGAAAUCAACUGAUCCCUGUAACUGACUCGGACAUCACAACAACAUUUGUUGAAGACUUUAAUCCGAAUGAUGUAAUUGAGGUUCAUCCUGUAAUUGUGACGUCAACUGUUGAAGUGACCGCAGGGAAUGAGAUGGUCGUCCCAAGUGACUGUCACAACUACCAAUUCAUCAAAGUAGACAAUGGAAUGUACAUGGCAGAAGAUGACAGCAGGGGAGAUGUUAGCGGAGACGAUCGAGAUGGAGACACUGGGACGGAAGUAGAAGACCCUAAAGUGGAAGUCGCUGAAGAGUUUCAAUCAGUCGAAACAGUCGUGGAAAUCAGCGGUGAUAUCUCAGAAGUGAUGUCAGAGAUGAUGCCAGGCACUGACAAGCAGACCGAUGUCGGAAAAAUGGUGGAGCAGUCGCUAGCAAAAAUUGAAGGUGCUGAGGCAGGUACAUGGUUGGGUUGUGAUAUCUGCGGAAAAAUAUUCCAGAACAAAGAAUCUUUUCAAAAGCACUAUGAGCAGCACUGGUGCCGUUGUUCAAAUUGUGGUCUAGUCUUUGCUGAUAAUGAAUCUCUAGUCCUACAUUGUGAGCAGGCCCACCCGAACGAAACGAAAGAAGCUGAGGCUCCCAACUCCUCCAAGAAGAAAGGCGGCAAAGGCGAGCCAAAACCAUGUCCCCAUUGUGGCAAACGCUAUCGUAGCAACUUCAAGCUCCAGGAGCACAUGAGGAAGCAUACUGGUGAAAAACCAUACCAGUGCACCAUGUGUGAGAAAACAUUCCGUUCUAAAAUCGGCUUAGCGCAACAUGAGGCAAAACAUACAGGAAAUUUUGAGUACUCAUGCAGCACCUGUGGGAAGGGUUUUCAGUGCAAGUCAUAUUUGAUCGUACAUCAGAGGGUGCAUAGUGAUGUUAAGCCAUUCCCAUGCACAACCUGUGGACGAAAUUUUAAAUCGAAACAAAGUCUGCUUGAUCACCAGAAUCGCCAUCUUGGUGUCAAACCAUAUUCGUGCGAAAUUUGCGGCAGAGGCUUCAUCACCAAAGGUCUGUGCAAAUCACACCUCAAAGUUCACUCUGGAGCAGACAACCGACAAUUCCCAUGCAAUGUUUGCAACAAGAUGUUCGUGAGCAAGUCAUACUUAAACACACACAUGCGGAUCCACACCGGCGAAAAGCCAUACAUGUGUGAAGUGUGCGGGAAAGGUUUCCUCACACGAGUGGAUCUUCGGAUCCAUUCAACCAUGCACACAGGUGAAAAGAGCUUUGUUUGUGAGACUUGUGGCAAAGCUUUCGCUAGAAGAGAUGCGUUGCGGUGUCAUAAAAGGAGUCAUACAGGUGAACGCCCUUAUCGAUGUGAGAUCUGUGGUCAGACGUUCACGCAAUUUUCACCGAUGGCAAUCCACAAGCGGCUCCACACUGGAGAGCGGCCCUACAAAUGUGAUGUUUGUGGAAAAGGCUUUGUUUCAAGAUCCACGCUCACAUCGCACUCAAAGAAACAUACCCCAUGACAAUUAGCCGGGGACGCUCCUCAGGAUCCAGACAGUGUUUCUCUCAUAGAGUCAGAAACACUGAGUAUACCUGAGUCAGCAUCCCCCUCGGUAGUGGAAGUCUGUGAAUAAAAUCAAUCUUAUCCAAUCGUAUUUCACACAUUGAAAUAAUCUUGAGUUAGAGGAAGUUAUCUUCCUUAUGAACCAUUACUCUUCUGUCUACCUCUCACCCUGACCCUCCAACAAAAUUUUCCAAUGUAAUUUGAAGGUAUGUUUAAUUUCUGUCAAGCUUUUCCAAUUUUGUUGCAGCCUCCAAGAAUAUCCUUUCAUCAAGAAUUGAGUAGUUUGUCUCAGUGACAGGAGUGCAAAUCGUGGUGAAAAAUGGAUGCGUCUAAGUCCAUAAAGUUUAUGUUGUUUUCUCAGGAAAAGAAUGUUAUAAGAAUGUUGGUUUGCUUUUCAUGCAUAAAAAGGAUGAGGUAAAGUAGAGGAUCAGUCUUAAAAGAAGGUACUUUAAAUGAAAUUUGUGAUCAGGGUAUGGAAUCAAAAAGAGUUAUGAGAUUGUACGAUUGUUUCAUUGCAAUUGCAGGAAGAAUUGUAGAAAUUGAUUUUUUCCUCCGCCUUUUUAACAUAAGGAGCCAUGAUAUUCAUUCAUGAGAUGCUCCUCCAACCAUUUCCUGUGAAGCGGCCGUUUUUCAUCUAUUUCUUUUUUUUUUCGAGGAAAAAUGAAAAAGCCCAGCUCAACAAGUUCUACGUUUUAGUGAAUUUUGUUCACCAGAUUUGGUCCCGGUUUAGGCGAUUAGAAUCAUUGAACACAAAAGUUCAGUUUCAGGCCAAGUCUCCGCAAAAAACAGGAGUUCAAGGAGCGGAAAACUGGGAUACAAGGCAGGUUAGAAUCGAAGAUCAGUCUCUAUACUGGUCCAGCCAAUCAUCGCAUCAGAAAAAUAUUGUAUCAGAAAUUCAGAAGGUUAGAAUCCAGGACCAGUCUGUCUCCCUGUUCAGUCAAUAAUUGCAUUCGAAUAAUAUGUAAUCGGAAACUAAGAGAAACUUAAUCACUAUUUUGGUAACUCAUCUCACUUACGAAGUUCAUACGUCCUAGUUUUGCCCGAAGUUAAGAUCAUUAAAAGAGUGCUUCUAUUAUUGCGUAUAUUUCAUGGUCUAUCAAGUCAUAAAAAAGCACACAGCAUUGGGCAUUGAGUCAUUUAUUGUCAUAUUUGUAAAUAGAAUUUACCCGUAAGUUUAGAAUUCUCCAUAUGUAUACUUAAAAUGGUUUUUCUCAACAAAAACCAAAGGGGGCAUAUUUGUACGUAUAUGUACAUAUUGUAUUAUUCUAUUUUGUUGUUGCAGUAGAAACAAGCACUCCUUGAUUAGUGCUUUCAGUUGUUUGGAUCUUGAAGCUUGUAGUCCAAAUUAUUCAAGUUUCAUAAUUAUUUAGUUUUAAUGGGUAGACCAAAUCCUAAGAGAUGAUCAUGUCAAUAAUUGUCCUAUGGACAAGAUGCUACCCCUCUUUACUAAAACUCAUCAUCCAAUCAGAACAAAGGAAAUAAUGAAUCAGUUGCCCUAGUCACAUAAUCAUGUUUUAGAUGGUUUAAGCGUAUAUUUUGGCAAAAAAUAAUAUAAUAUAUUCAAACAUCAAGUUUCUACUGCCAAUCUCAAUAGAGAUAUCACUCAUCGAAAAACAAGGCACGUGACAUCAUCUAGGGCGGUAUUACUUAUCACGGUAUCUUCCACCUUCGCUCUCAUUGCUUGACAUGAAACGAGGACAAAAUCAAGGUGGAACAAACUGAGGUGGAUGACGUUAUAGGAUGCGUGAUUUCUCCGUGAAUAUUGGAUGUAGAAAUUUGGUGUUUGGAUGGAUAUGUUAGUCUUCGCUAAUCCAUAAGCUGAAAUCAAAGAGAAAAUAUUUUAUUGAAUCGCAUUUUUUUUGUUUUCCUCCCGAUUGAGGGUAUAAGUAUUGUAGGCAAAGAAUCUGCUGCGAGUAUCAACUGUGCAUGCUGCCUUAUGGUAUCAUUUUUAGCUGUGGUUCUUCUAGUUUAUCAAGCAAUAACAAAGUUUGUAAAAUUGUACUGUACCUUGUAUUUCAGUAUCUCCUGAUCUCAAACGCUUAACUUAGAGGGCUUAUAAUCAAGAAAAGGCAUAUAGCCCAGAAAAGGCUUGCUGCAUGUGUUUCCAAAAAGUAAGGAUUUCCUUUGAGUUUUGAAAAUCCUUUACCUUUAGACGUCUUUGUGUGACCUAUUAGCCCCUUCCCCUCUCGGAAAAUCUUGGCUGCUCCAUUGAUUCUACUUUAAGAAACAAGGCAUUUUUUCUUGAUUUCCCCUCAAGUAUUAUAAUUUUUGUUUUUUAAUCCUGAGUAUGUAUAGUGUAGUAUGUAUAAGACUCUGUUGUUGUAAACUUCAGGGAGAAACUGAAAAUGUAUGUAUUUGAUAUACUGUAACUAUCUUUUCUUUCGCAUAAAUGGAUGCUUAAUCUCCAGAAGGUUGACUGAAAAUCUAAUCUUCCCAAUUCGUAGAACUAGAACACCUACUUAAAAUUAUAUUAAUUUUGGAAGCUGCUAUUAUCGGAAUUAAUGAAAGGUGGAAGAAUUGCUGCUGAAUUAUGUUCUUUUUCAUACCUUAUGCAGUGCUCUAAAUUUUUGGCUCUGUCCACUUGAAUGUUUGUAAAAAAAAGUCUCCUAUACCAUGUAACUGUAAUCAAUGAAUUGCUUCAUCCUCUCAUAUGUUCAAAGAAUGCGUCAUAAUGGUGCCUAUUUUUUUUAAAAAACUCAUUCUCUUUUGACUAAAGUACUAAAAGAGUUGAGCUGUCAGUAAUUUUUUCAGAUUUUUUGACUCAAAAUGACGGGCGGAGGGAACCAAUUUCGAAUCGGCUAAAAUCUUCACCUAUUCGGAACGAUAUUUUCAGUGAUCUGUUACGACUUAAGCAUGCGAGAGCGUUCGCUGAUUGCCCGAAAUUCAGUCGAGAACAAGGCCUAGUGACAUCAUCACGACUAUCAACUUCUGGUUUAUAAGAUUUAAGCUUUUUUCUCCCUUCAGAAGUGCUUUUUUAAACUUUCGAAUGGAAUUUUUGGCCUUUCAUGAAAUUUUACAAUGGGAACAACUGUUAGAUACUCCGCAGAAAUGAUAAGCUACUAAUCCAUUAAAAAAUAAUCCCCGAAUUCAGAGUAUUCAAAAUGUUCUUGUAAAACUAUUACUCUUUUUUUUCCAUUAACUCCAGUUUUUUAUAUACUAGCUACCAAUAGGUAUUAUGGACGAAUCUUUAAAUCCAUAGUCUUUUCAGAAUGUGCUGUUAAUCUUGAAAUGGAGAUUCUUCUCAGUUAAAGAGGUAAAAGCAGAACUUGCCAUCAGAAUAAUUACGCACAUGAGCGGUUUUCGCCCGUUUUUCAAAGUUGAAACUAAAUAAGACAUCAACACAUCAAGGGGCUGAUAACACAGACAAAUGAAGGAAUUUAGUUUAUAAGUUAGCAUCUUUUAAAAAAGAAGCCAUUCUUUUGUACCAGGGAGCAACUCACAUCCAAUUCUCUAACAGGAUCUAAAAAAAAUCAAGAGUUUGAUUUGGGUGACAAUAUAUCUGGGGGUUGAAUCUCAUUCAGAAAAUUUAUCACUAAAAAAAGACCUUUGUCUGAAAAUUGGUUUUUAUUUUAUGCAUUAAGUGAAUUAUUUUAGUUAGUGAAAGGCCUAAUGGACAUCUUUGUAACAUUUAUGUGAGUCUGGCAAUGAUAUCAGUGAUCGGCCGCCUCUCAGUGAGUUUUGACUAAUAAAUGAAGACUAUUUAUUUUAUGUAGCA